AUGGCGCCCUCGCCGAGCCACUCCGGCGUCUCCUCCUCCUCUGAUGACGACGAUGCUCCCCCCGUCGCCCCAGCCUCCUCUUCUGUGAUUCAAGGCAUCUCCAUCCGCCACCAUGUUCCGGUCAUCCUCGACAUGGACGAAGGCAACUACGGCCAGUGGCGCUUCUUCUUCGACUCCACGCUCGGCAAGUUUGGUCUCCGCGGCCAUGUUCGCACCACCACUCCCUCUGCGGAUCGCGACGGCGAGUGGCGCAUGGUGGACUCUUGCAUCGUCAACUGGAUCCUCACCACGGUCUCCAGCAGCAUCUUUGACAUGGUUCGGCGCGAUCGCCAGGACGCCUUCUUCCUCUGGCACGCCAUUGAGGGUUUGUUCCGCGACAACGAGCUGCAGCGCGCCGUCCUCCUCGAGACCGAGCUCCGCUCCGUGCAGCAAGGUGACAUGUCCAUCAACGACUACUGCACCAAACUCAAGCGCCUCGCCGACAAGCUGCGGGACAUCGGCCAUCCGGUCUCCGAACCGAGCCAGGUCCUCAACCUCCUCCGUGGCCUCAACCCUCGCUAUCGCUACGUCAAGCCGGUGAUCACUUCCAAGUACUAA